UUCAGUUCUAUUUCCGUCGGGUCCUUUAAUGCGUCACAUCCAGGUUAAAAAAAAAAAAUCUGAGAGGGACGGUGAAGGAUGGAGGAAGUCUCUCUAAAGAGCUCAGGCCACCAUCUUGGUACCCGGAAUGCGGCAAGGAAAGGAACUUCUUCCGCGAACUGCGUCGCUGACCGAAUCAAUGAUGGCCGCUACACGUUGGCGGACGCGCCCGCUUUGGCUCUGGCGUGCGGCCAGUGGCUGUAAGAGGAGUCCAGCUGGGACAGGUUAGAGUUGCUGCGGCUCCACGAACUCUUGGAGCUGAGACGGUGGGAACAGAGGGCUUCGGCGCCCGCCUAUUUUGCUUGAUUACAUUGUGGAAAGGUGAAAAAUUGCAAGUUUACUUCUGACAGUACCGUGUUAGAUCAUCCAUUAAAAGGAAUAUCUAUUGUAAGGAGCCAUGGCGUACUACCCCACAAGGCUGAAGACCAGACAAAUUUAUUCGUGGGUUGGCAAGCCGUUGUUGGAUCAAAAACUACGCUACCACACCUACAAAGAAAUGAGUGUCAAAAUGGAAGGUGGUCUGACUGAGAUUCGCAUCCAAGUUGGACAGUUUGUGUUGAUUGAAGGGGAUGAUGAUGAAAAUCCAUAUGUUGCUAAAUUGGUUCAACUAUUUGAAGAUGAUUCUGAAGCUCCUUCUAAGAAACGUGCUCGAGUACAGUGGUUUAUCCGAUUCUGUGAAGUUCCUGUCAGUAAACGGUAUUUGCUGGGCCGGAAGCCUGCUGCGCAGGAGAUAUUCUGGUAUGAUUACCCUUCCUGUAACAGCAACAUUAGUGCUGAGACCAUCAUUGACCAUGUGCAGGUAGUAGCUUUAGGCCCAGAUGAAGUGAUACCUAUGGAUCCGAAAAAUGAGAAGACACUCUUUGUGAAACUAUCUUGGAAUGAGAAGACAUUCAGACCACUAGCCCCAGAACUCUUUGCAGAGUUUGAUCAGCCACAAGAAGGCAGUCCUAGGUGCCAGAAGUCUGUGGAAGCCAAGACUAAGGGCCUAGGAAGCACUUCUUGGACCACAGCAGAGCAUGCGGUCAAAAGGAUUGAAUCAAGGCACUCUACCUCCAAAUCUCGCCGAACUCCUUCCCAUCCUGUCACCCCAAAGGCAAAGAAGAGACUGGAGCUCAGUGCCAUUCUGAUAAGUGUAUACAGUCAACAUGUGGCACUGUGCAGAAUGGAGGGACUCCCGUACCCCACCAUGUCAGAGACAAUGGCAGUGUGCUCUCACCUGAGCUCUUGCCGCCUCCUCCUCGUGGAACCCAGCAGGAACGACCUGCUUCUUCGUGUGCGGCUCAACAUCAGCCAGGACGAUGUGCUGUACGCGCUGAAGGAGUGAAGGGCUUCACAGGGAAGGGCUGUGAUCAGCUCUUUUCAAAGGGCCUGAUUUCCUCUUUCUAAGCACAUGGAAUUGUAGUAGCAAAACAUAAUGAAUGGAAAUGGCUGUCACAUAUUUUGAAAUUUUCCAUUAAAUAAUUUGAUUUUU